UAAUUUUGCAAGAAAAAUUCCAGGCGGGCAGCUCUCGUUGUUCUCUAAAGUUCAUGGCCGAGUAAACCUGGCAUUGGGAGCAGAUGUGAAAGAGCGAGUCAAAUGAGUUGCAGAUGGCAGAAACAAUUGCACUUGUUUCCAGCGUUUUUGGCUGUCUAACCGUAGCUGUAACUCUGGCAUCUCCUUGUUUACGCGUACCCCUUUCAGAAAAAUAUGAUCUCUUCAGGACACGAGAAAAAAAUCUUCGUGCUCUAUUACUUAAAAGGAAUGAGCUGGAACAGAAAAGGAGUAAUGUAGAUCAGGAAUCAAAAGAGAAGGUGGUGCAUAAGUUUGUGAAAAUAUUUGAGUGGUUAGAAAAGACGGAGGAGAUUAUCAAGGAUGCUGCUGCAUGGAAGUUUGAGGAGAGUAUACAUAAGAAGUAUUGCUGUGGUCUACCCAACUAUAGGUCACAGUAUAAAGCUGGAAAACAAAUUUCUGAAAAGAUUGAUCUGUUGGAUGAACUAAUAACGGAAGGGGAAAAGUUCAUUAAUUUGCAGGGGUCUGAUGUAGUAGGGAAAUUGAUACGCAGUAGCAAGCUCGUAGGGGAGACAGCAAUUUCUACAGUUGAAGAGAUAAAGAACUGUGUGUUAGUAGAGGAGGUUAAGACAAUACGUGUGUAUGGAAUGGCUGGUUUAGGCAAGUCGAAUGUUGUAUCACAAGUUAAUGACAUGAUAUUACAGGAGGAAGAUGUUGGUGGUAACAGCACAAGAAAUGGCCAUUUUCAUAAAGUUCUAUUUGUGACUGUAAACAAUCAGCUUGAAUCAACUAAAGCAUCUAUUGAGGAUCUGCAGAGGCAAAUUGCAGAGAAGCUACAAGUUGAUCUUCACAGGGACAAUGGAAGUAGUGCAGAUGAUGUAUUGGCAAGUGCCUUGGCCAAUUCAAGGUUUUUGAUCAUUUUGGAUGAUAUGCAGACAGAACUCUCUCUUGAGGCAAUCGGUAUUCCAACUCCAACCAAGGAGAAUCGCUGCAAGGUUAUAGUUGUAUCCAGAUCGCGUCCAAUGUGCAGUGACAUCCAUAUUGAUAAAAAGUUUGAGAUCAAACCUUUAUCUGUUGCAGAGGCACAAGAACUGUUUGAAAGUGAAGCUGGCAUUAAACUUUCGAAGCUAGGGGAUGAUACACGAGCCAUUGCAGAGAAAAUGAUAGCCGAAUGUGAUGGAUAUCCCAUCACAGUUAUCUUGCUGGCACAAAACUUGAAAGAUUUGAUGACCAAUAAUUCUGAUGAUGUUGAUGAAGCAUGGAAGAAAGCUUUGAAUGGGCUCAAGGGUUCUCCAGUUCGCUUAGAAAGCAUGAAUAAGAGGGCAUUUACUCGUCUGAAACAUAGUUAUGACAUGUUGAAGAAAGAGUCUCAGCGAUGUUUCCUGUAUUGUGCAUUGUACCCAUCUGACCAUACAAUCGAAAGAAGAGAAUUACUGGAGUACUGGUUCUGUGAGGGUUUAUUGAAUACCAGAAAGAGAGAUGGAAGGAUAGAAGAUAUGAUACAAGCAAAAGAGAUUCUUGAUGAGCUUGUAGGAGCUUACCUUCUGGAAACAGUCAAUCAAGAAGGGGGCAAAGAAGCCAUUAAGAUGCGAAGUUUAGCAAAGCAAAUGGCAGUCCACUUGACCAAAACAAGCCCUCAGUUUCUCACCAAAGCCGGGGAAGAGCUAAAUAUGUUUCCAUUCCAAGGGGAGUGGCUUCAUGAUGUUGAGAGAGCCUCUUUGAUGAGAAACCAGUUUAAAUUUCUUCGGGGGGAACCAAAAUGGCCCAAGCUAACCACACUACUUCUCCAGCACAACCCUAUAGGUUUAUACUUGGAUGAUAAUUUCUUUUGUAGUAUGCCUAAUAUCAACGUUCUUGACCUUUCGUACACUGAUAUCACUUCCCUUCCAGAGCCAUCUUUUUCUAAAUUGACAAAAUUGAGUGCACUUCUCUUGCAUCAUUGUCACAACUUGAAAACUCUGCCAUCUUUGAAGCAGUCUAGGAAACUCCUUAUUCUUGAUAUUUCUGAUAGUCCUGUGGAACAAUUACCAGUGGGGAUGAAUAACAUGGCCAAACUUAUUCGCCUGAACAUGUCGCGCACCAAUGUAAAGAUAUUUCCAGCUAAGUUGGCACCUGCAUUAGUAAAUCUGGAAGAAUUGAUAAUGAUAACUAAUGAUUCGGGUUUUUCUUGGGGAAAACCCAAAGGAGCACCUAUCAGUGAGCUGAGAUCCUACCAGAAGUUAGCUAUUCUCUAUGCCAACUUCCUAAAUGUAGAAUCAUUUGUUGGCUAUAUCAUUCAGCAUCUGUGUCCACCCAAUUUCAAGUUCGGUGUGGGUGGUUCUUGUGAAGAAAAGUUACCUGAAAACAGCAUAGUUUUCAAGGGUAACUUCCUUGUGAAUGGAGAACCAGUCUUACUCCCGGAACACACUUCUGAACUGCAUGUCAUAUGCAAUGAGGAUCUACCUUGCUUGCAGGUUACUUGUCAUCUAAAGAAUCUGAAAGUCAUCAACAUUUGUGACUGCAGAUGUUUGGUCUAUUUAUUCACCAUUGACAUGUUUGGGAAUCUUCCAAACCUUGAAACUGUUUCAGUCGAGAAAUGUCCAAAGAUGGUGAGCUUGAUCAAACCAGAAGAAUCUGAUGAUGACAUGAUCAAACCUCGUCUGAAGCAACUAAAGGUCAUCCGUAUCUUUGACUGCAAAACUUUGGUCUACUUAUUCAACAAUGAGAUUCUGCACUACUUCCCGGAGCUCGUAGAGAUCUCCAUCAAACAAUGCCAGAUGAUAGAAGUGGUAAUAGAGUCACAAGAGCCAAAUGUCUACCCUGCAGUUUUUCCAAAGUUAAAGGAGUUGGUAUUGGCUGAUCUGCAAGAAUUAAAAUGCAUCUACAAAGGAGAGAUGAAGUGGCAAUCUCGCGUAAACAUUUGGAACUGUCCUGCUUUAAAAGGGCCAAUGAUAACUUCUAUGCCUGCAGAACUGCUUUCCAGACCAAGUGGGAGCAAUCAACUUCAAAGGAGUUAUAGCUUAGAUCCGAAUGAGACUUCACUGCUGGACUCGAUAGAUAUUAAUGCCAACGCAGCAGAAGCUCCUGAAUCCGUUGGACCCAAAUUUCGUAAUGCUGCAAAGGGAGGAAGGAAUAUGAACUAACGAUUGAAUUCAGAGCACCCCAGUAGCAGCCAUGACUGCUCUCUCGUUAGAACUCUUUUUAGUUGCUGUAGCAAACUACCAAUAAUACGUACUUGCAAGACUGAACUCUCUAUGAGCCGGUGGAAUUUUGGAAGUAUACUAUUUGCUCUCAUAUAUUGGUUUGUAUGAAUAAGUGUAAUGUAAAAUGAUUUUCUCAAAGUUCAUGGAGUAUUGAGCAUAUUACUUUUUUUCUGACUUAAGAGUGACGUUAUAUUCAAAUAUCUGUAACGUUUUUUAUACAGUUUAUAAGAGCUA